UUGGAUUCGCGGGCCGGAAGAAACAUGUGUAUGGACUACAUUUAAUUCUCUCUGUCUGUGUGUGUUUCCCUAGUAUGGCUACGAGUGUGUGCGUUAGUGUUAUUAUUAGUAGCGAUCGGUUGGUGUGGUAACACCGCCACAGAUACGUUGGUAACACUGAUACUACUUUUUCAGAAUGGCAAUAGACUACGGUCUUGGCGGUCUCAUGGUGUGGAGUAUAGACACAGAUGACUUCAAAGGACUAUGUGGACCAGAGAAGAAUGCGUUCUUGGACUUUGAAGACCGGUACAAGCAAAUUUCUGAGGACCCCGUAUUAACAGAAGCGUUGCAGAACUUACAGCUGCCUGAUUCUAACGGCCUCAAUAAACGUUCACACUACACAACAUCAAACGGAAAACUACAUCUGCGUAUUCCUGAACAACAAUACCCUAACUACAACAUAAUGAGAACAAUCAACGAUGCGGCAACUCUAGCUAUCGAAGAAAAGAGAAUUAUCGAUGAAAUGGAACGCGUCGUUAAAACUAACGUUAUUGAAGACGGGGAACCGUCUGCUGCCAGUUCUGUUUUCAGUACGGCUGGGAUGAUGUUUGUUUGUUUACUAGUCAUGCGUGGACUGUAAUUUUAAUUUACAAUGCUUUUUUCAUUCGAAGUACUUGUUUUGUAUAAGUACUAAGGCGAAUUUUGCCGUCAUCCUAUUCCUUUUUUUAAAAUGAAACAUCUCAUGUAAAUUUUGAAUCACUGCCCUAGUUUAUCUCACUUGAAUAAGAAUUAUUUUUUAUUAAUAUCGAGUAUAUAACCAGAAAUAUAGACGAAAUGAAGGCCGUCCAUCCCUGGCAACUCAUCAAAUAAGUGGGCCUUGUAUAACUUUUAAAUAUCAACUCUCG